UCAUUAAUCCGAAGAGUGACGGAAAAGGCCGAAAAGUUGCGAUUGGCACGAUUUCAACUGGUUUCCCGUUCAAUCAUGCACUUAUAAAUGUAAGCAGAAAACCACCUAACCGGAACAGGUUUUCCAAAUGAAAUGGCUGCAAGCCAAAAAUACGCACGGACGUUUUGCAUACAGUCGGCCUUUUUGAAGAGUUUAGGUCUAACAAUGUGAAGUAUCUGAAAUUAAAGAAUGCGUUAAAAUCCCUGCAUGUCAUUGGUGUAGCAUUUUUGAAAGUUGAAGAUACAAACGCUAGAAGUCCUGUCUCGUUAUCAAAGGCAACUUGCUGUACACAAGAAAUAUGGGUAGAAAAAGAAUUUCGAGCAUGCAUGUCAUUCAGGUCCAUAUUCACAUUUGGAUAUAAGCUACUUGACGAGUUUCUAACUUCUGGCAGUGUUCCAAAGAAAGAAAUGUACAAAGAGGCAUUAAGAAAACUGUUGCAGUUUUUGUUGGAUGACACGGACGACAGACCAGCCCUGAGUGCUGGAAGUUCAAAGUAUGGAUCAGAGAAAAAUUGGGCAUUUGUUAUUACUCAGCAUUUACUUUCCAAGCUCUCAGUUACAACAGAAUUUUUAGCUGAUAGUGCAACGAUGAAAGAAGUGAAUUGUUGCCCUUGUGAUAGAAAAGAGAUGAUACCCUGUAAAACUGGAAAUACAAGCAUUGGAUGUGUGAAAGGCUGGCAAGGCGAGUUAGAUAUAGUAAUGGGGAUGAAAAUGCCUAUUAAAGUUGCUCAAACCACAGAUAAUUGCUUAUUUGAGGAAAACGUUUCACAAUCCAGUGCAAGUGCAGAAGUGAAUAAACAUGAUUUCACAGAGAGAGAUCUGAAUCAGAUGUUAGCGCAGACAAUAUUAUUUUCAUUUUAUAAAGGAAAAGGGUUGAUACCAUGUAUUGGCCUUGGCUCUUCAUUUGUGAAAUUGCAUUUUUACGACUGUGAAAAAGAUAUUCUUCUGAGGAGUAAUACUUUAAACCUCAUGUUAUCUGAAGAGCACGAGUCAUUUGAAACAGUGACAAUUUUGAUGUUAUGGUUAACACUUAACUAUGAACUAUUAUGUUCAGGGGUGCCAGAUGAGUUAAAAAAUUUAAAGGCUGGGUUUCAUGAAGAAUUAGGUUCAUUUCUUGAAUGCUACAAGAAUACAACCUCUCCUUUUCCAGUCCAACUGAAUGACCAUGAAGAAGAAAAAGAACCAACUUACCGUGGAUAUUUUGACAGCUAUAAGGAUCCAGAUAUUGUGUUUUGAUUCACAGUGGCCCGGUGGUUAACAACACUGAUGUCACGGUUCAGAACUGUCCAAUAUUAAGGGGAGAAAAAUGUGCAGCCCGACCAGGACUCAAACCGGGGACCCUUGAAAUACCAUUGUGCGGUUCUACUGACUGAGCUAUACGGCAGCUUACACAUCUUCUCCCCUAAAUAGUGAACAGCUCUGAAACGUGAUAUUGACUUCAAUUCACUUGCCAGAAUAUUGUGCAAUUUUCUCCAAAACAUUUAAAGUUGUGUUAAAAAGGGAGAUAAUAUGUGUUGUUCUAUUUAUCUUUUGAUUACUGCCCUUUGUAUAUUUUUAUACCAGCGACGAUUUUGAAUAACUUACAUUUGUAUAUUAAAAGCAACUUUCUUCAAAUUCUAAGAGAUGAUAAACAUUCAUGUCUAUGCUGUUGUACCAGAAACUUGGAAGUCGCUUUAGAUUUUCCUUUUAUGCCAGAGUAUAUAGGAGUGAGCUUGACAUAUGGUUUAAGGAGGAUAAUUUGUCAACGUAGCAAUGGAUUAAAAUAUUUUUUUAUACAGAUGCAUCAUUGAAAUUAAAACUUGUCAUGUAUGA